UAUACGGUAGACUUCUAUGCUAAUAGAGUCCACUUACGGAACUUGGUGUAUAACAGUGACAUUACUUGUUAUAACCAGCUUAGAAUGAAUAGAGCUACAUUCGACAAGUUAUGUCUUAUGCUUGAUGUUAUAGGAGGUUUGAAACCAACCAAAAACAUGCUAGUUGAUGAGCAAGUGGCAAUGUUCUUGCAUAUCCUUGCACAUCAUUUAAAAAAUAGAGUUAUACGAUUUUAUUUUGGGAGGUCUAGUGAAACUAUUAGUAGGUAUUUUAAUUUGGUCUUAACCUCUAUGAUGAAAUUGAAUCGAGAGCUUCUAAAGAAACCUGAGCCAAUUGCUGAGGAUUCAAUGGACGAAAAAUGGAGGUGGUUUAAGCAUUGUUUAGGUGCUCUUGAUGGAACCCAUAUUAAAGUGAAGGUGCCUAUGGCUGACAAAGCGAGAUAUAGAAAUCGAAAGGGGGAAAUAACUACUAAUGUGUUGGGAGUUUGCUCUCCGGAUGGACAAUUCAUAUAUGUCUUAACGGGUUGGGAAGGCUCAGCUGCUGAUGGUAGAGUUUUGCGAGAUGCUAUUAGUCGUAGGAAUGGUUUGAAAGUGCCUCAAGGCCAAUAUUACUUGGUUGAUGCGGGGUAUGCAAAUUGUGAAGGAUUUCUUGCCCCAUUUCGAGGUCAGCGAUACCACUUAAGUGAGUGGAGGGAUGGACGGCAACCUUUAACUCCACGUGAAUGCUUCAACAUGAGGCAUUCAUCUGCGCGUAAUGUUAUUGAAUGAUGUUUCGGAAUGUUAAAACUACGAUGGGCUAUUCUUAGGAGUCCUUCAUUUUACCCCGCUCAAGUCCAUAAUCGGGUUAUCAUAGCGUGUUGUCUCCUUCAUAAUUUGAUCCGUCGACAAGGAGAUGAUCCACUGGAUAUUGACAUAGAGGCAUUGGAGACAAAUACCAAUGAUAUGGAGAUACCUUACAUUCAAACAAUUGAGACAUCAAAUGC